CCCAUCGGCCGACCAUACAUGAAAGCAAACGACGAAGCUUGAAAACCCUAAUUGACCCGCAAAUGAAUCCCGCUUUUUGAAAAAGGACGUGGAAAGAUAUCCCAGAGAACCCAUAAUCCCCAUGCGGACCACCGCAUGUUGGUCUUUUUGUUCCCUCAGCAAACAAUCUUGCUGCUGCUUCUCUUAUCCAGGCCCCCGUGAUUUGCUUGCUUUUUCUGAGUUUGAACGGUGAUAGUCAAAGCGUAGAGGGGUUGCUUUGUGUUCUUUCACUUGUUGGUGGGGGCGUUGGAGAUGUCUCAGAAGCGGCAGCAACGAGAGGAGGGCACUUCUUUUGAUGAGAGGCGGCCCAGGAAGUCACCUACUUUUAAAAGUGUGGUGCUGGAUGUAAUGAAUCUGCGCAGAUUACAAAAUCUCAUGGAGCCAGUUCUGGAGCCUCUGGUUCGUCGAGUUGUGAAAGAGGAAGUGGACUCGGCUUUAAGGAAAUAUAUAAUCAGUAUGAAACGGAACUGUGGGAAAGAAGUACAACCUUCUGAAUCAAGGAAUUUACAGUUAAAAUUUUUAAAUGCUAUCUCUCUUCCAGUGUUUACUGGAACUCGAAUUGAAGGAGAUGGGUGCACCAGCAUGGAAGUUGCUCUGGUUGAUAUGCUGACCGGGCAAGUUGUUUCCAGUGGCCCUGGAUCCUCCGGAAAGGUGGAGAUUGUAGUUCUUGAAGGAGAUUUUGAUGGUGAUGAGAGAGACGAUUGGACACUUGAAGAGUUCAAAAAUAAUAUAGUGAGAGAGCGGGAAGGCAAAAAACCCCUCCUAACUGGUGAUGUGAUCAUGACUCUUAAAGGUGGGACAGGUUUUGUAGGAGAUGUUUUAUUUACAGAUAACUCAAGCUGGACAAGAAGCCGUAAAUUUAGGCUGGGUGCUAGACUUUUGGAUGAUAUUGGUGGCUUCAGAGUAAGAGAGGCUAGAUCAGAACCCUUUGUGGUCAGAGAUCAUCGUGGAGAAUUGUACAAGAAGCAUCAUCCUCCAUCUCUUUCUGACGAAGUAUGGAGGCUAGAAAAAAUCGGCAAAGAUGGAGCUUUCCACAAGCGUCUGAGGAAGGAAAGAGUCAAUACCGUGCAGGAUUUUCUAAUGUUACUCUUCUUAGAUCCCACAAGGCUACGAAACAUCCUCGGGACUGGCAUGUCUGCUAAAAUGUGGGAAGUAACAGUGGAGCAUGCUCGGACCUGUGUUCUUGACAAGAAGUUAUACUUGUAUAAUACCACUCAAAAGAAUGCUGUUGUUUUUGAUGUUGUGGGACAAUUGAUGGGGAUUUCCUCGAAUGGCCACUAUAUUCCGACUGAUAAGCUGUCCGAAGCAGAAAAGGCUGAAGCCCGUCGGAUGGUUAUAUCUGCGUUUGCAGAUCGUGAGAAAAUCAUCACUAUUGAUGAUGAGUCCUCCCUAAAUAUGCCUACUUCAUCGAGCUUAUCCAUUUUGCAAUCAUCUUCAAACUUGCCCUCUGAGGCUAGUCGAUCUGCUUACUUGCAACAAACUGCUACUUCACCGGACUAUACACCAUCAGUAUAUUCCAUUGGAGGCUUGAGCAGCUUUGAUGAUUGCUUGCAAGGUGUUGAUCCUAUGGACAUCAGAUACGAUCAACAUUUGAGCUACCCUGGACCGGCAGACAACUUAAUCUGUGAUGCCGAUGCCAUGGAUACAACAUUCUGUGCAAAUGAGCAUUUCCAGUACUUUGAGACAGAUUGUUCAAUCCAGAGCUCCAAUAUGGAAUUAUCAGCCGAUAUACAGAGUGCCAUCAAUGCUUUCAUACCAUGUUCAUCAGUUCCCAAUGAUAAAACGCAAAGCGGGUGGAAUGUUUUAUUAAGUGUACUAAGAUGGUGGUUCUCCAUUAAAAGAAUCAUGGCUAGAAAAAACUCGUGCUAGAGAAAUACGAGGAUAUGGUCAGCAAAGAUGUCCCGAGAAACAGCCACUUAGUCCCAUAAUGUAAUUACUCUAUCCAUCAAGUUUGCUGCCUGACUGGAGAUCGUGUGCAGUUAUCUGGUAAGAAGAGUUUGCAGUUCUUAUUGAUGUAUAUACAGCUGUUAGCUGAAUCAGCCCACCGUAAUUUCCAGGUGAUUGAAUGUGAAAGUUUCCUAGUGGGAACUGCGAGUGCAACGGUUAAAGCUCCGUCUGAAACUGUAUAGUGUAGUUUCGUAGGGGUGGUCUACUUUUCAUAAGGACUACUUAUAAUGUACAAAAUUCAAUUUAUUAUAUCUCAAUACUCGGUUUUGGUUA